GUUUUCAUACAUUUUUACGAUAUAGCCAAUUUGUACUUUGUGGCUGUGUUAUCUAGUGGGAAUCUCUAGCUGGCUAGUUAUCUACCCUCUGGCGUUCCGCAAUAUUGGAGAAAAAGUUGAUUGAUAAUCCAAGUACUAUUUUGAAAAAUAUGCACUGGGCAUCAAAAUGAUCUCCCGAAUAGUUUUAAAAGAUGUGGUUCAGAGGUUCAAGAGUUUUACUCCUGAGUUACGGCUGGGAUUGUUUCUGUCAUAGUAUAAUUUGUUUACUGUCACUAACGUUACAUAUUUCGGUUUAUCAGAGGAUGUCUUCAGUCUUGGAACGACAGUUUUUGGCAAUGGUCAUGUGCACAAGCUCAAUAAGGUUCCGGAGUGGCGCAGCGGUCUUAUACUGGGUCUGCUACUGUUUGGUGCAUCUGCCCAGAACCAGAUGGAGGGGUUCAUGCCAGUAUCCCUCUCCCUUAUGUAUAUGGCCACAGUGCACUCCCGUAUGGUUAAGGGCUUUCUUUUCGGGGUCACUGUACCCAUGUUAGCCCUGCCCUGGAUGUUUCUGUUCAUCAUAACACUUUUGGUCCCACACACUGUCUUCCUUUGCAAUGUCAUGGCCAUCAUCGCAGGGGGGAUCUACGGAAAGGGCUGGCUCUCACUUCUGGACAUGUCCGAUGCCAGGGCAUCAGUGCUGGACAAGAAGAUGCCUUUCAGGCGGCUGAGGAACAUUGAUGUCCUGUAUGUCCCUGUAGAGGCGAGAAGGAAGACAGUCCACCCACCAAUCAUUCCAACCCCAGGCUCCUACCCAGUCCAAGCCUACGCUCCAGUGUCUUCUACCUCCAACCUACAGGCUACCGAGACCACACCAAAGACAUUUGAAGGCUGGGCCCACUCCUACUAUACACAGGGGAGCCCUGUUCAGGUCUCAGGUUAUUACGGACACAACCAUGGAUAUGGCCUCAAGCUUUGGGCCAAGUUACGGACAUGGUCACAAACAUGGACACAGCUGCAGCCACAGCCAAGGUCAUGGACAUAGUCACGAACACAGCUUUGGCCAUGGACUCAGUCAUGGACAUGCAUCUGCCUCUCAAACCAGCAGUCACUGGGCUCCAGUGGCUCAACAUCCACAUUCUCAACAUUCCCACCUCAGUCCAUUGUCUGUGUCUGUCAGUGCCCCAGGGGCGGAAAUC